AUGAAAAUCGCGGAGAUGGAGAUGUGUGAAGACGUCCAAGUCGAUGCUGUGCUAGAGGUCAAAGCAUACGCAUGCCCGCCGUGGGUAGCCCGACCUAAGGUCGUGAUCUACGAAGACGAGGAGCAAGCUCGAGCCAUUGUAGAGGAGUACAAGCCAGGACAGGUGGAUAUAUACGUGGAUGCAUCGGUGCGCAAGGGCAAGACGGGGAUUGGCGUAUACGCAAUGCCGUCCCGAGCGCGCAUUGCGAAGACGGUGGCAAGUUCAGAUCAGGUGGACACCCGCCUCACCGAACUCCUGGCGAUUAGCGAGGCAUCCAACUGGCCGUGGGGCCUGUCAUGUAUGGCGCGCGAUAGGGAUGGCGCUCCAGCACCAGCACCUAGCAUACGGAUAUUUUCGGACGCUCAGUCGGCACUGCAGUCAAUACGGAGUUAG